AUUUUAUACAUGUUGUCAUUUUUUACUGUGUAUCGCUUAUCUAUGGUUUUUAUUCAAAGAAUGACACUAAUAUAAUGACAGUAUCUAAAAUAUUCCCGAGUUAUGAUUAAUAUUAACUGAUUUCAAUGAAGACCGACGAUGAAUAUCCAAAUUUCGUUAAGAAUUUGUGCAAAUUUGUAAACACGCAAUUCUCAAAAACCAAACUUGGCGCGCCAAGACAUCUAAAAGCAAAUAAUGUAGACCAACUUUUGGAGGAAGAAUAUGAAAAGCUUCUUAAAGAAAUCGAUAAUCUCACGGGCGAUAAAAGUUGUUAUUUGAAUUUUAAGAAUGCACGUUACGAUGUUACAUCGAGCGAGGAAUUGUUUGAAAAGCUAAAUAAACACAGCAAUGAGGUUUUGCAAAAUUAUAUUAAAAGGAAUGGAGAUGAAGCGAAAAACAUAAAGUUCAGUAGUAAAGGGGAAUUGAUAAAUUAUGUGACGGAAAUUAUAGUAUCGAGACCGAAAUGUAAUAAUAAAUUGUGUUCAUGUAAACCGGCUGGUAUUUCAAAAGCUGAAAAUACAGAUAACGCACCAGAGUCGCUACUAAAAGAAGUAACCAUAGAUAAAAGUAGUGAAGCUUCUCCACAAACAACGCCAAAAGGCAACCAAACUAAAGAAAAAAAGAAGCCCGCUCUGAAGAAUAUAGAAAAUCAAACAGAUAUGAAGACUGUAGGUAUUGACUGUGGGUGUAACACUUGCCCAAGUGUCCACAGUAAAGCAAAUAUUAAAGAGAAAGAUACCAGUGAUUCUACGAAGGCAAAUAAGGAUGUGACUAUAAAGGAGGAUAUGUUUACCAAUUGUGCAGAUAAAGUAGUUUCAGAAGUUCCUUCAAAGACUAGGCUGUGUCUACCAAAAGAUUUUGAAACAAUGGAAAAUUUGCAAAAUCCUCUCAGGUUCUCGGUUUGUACGAGUACUAAACAUGAAUGUAGUUGUGAAGUUUAUGACGUAAAGGAGGCACUAAGACGAGGACUAGUACUACCAUGUAGCGAAAUAUGCAUUCAGAAUAAGGCAAAUAAAAAAGGCAAGAAAAACAAAAGUAAGUCCAAGAAAACUACUAACACGGAUCCAUCAGAUAAUGAGACAUCUCUAUCUUCUUCGGCUGACGAAAAGAAGAAAAACAAGGGCAAAAAGAAGUCAAAGAAAAAAUCCGAACAGGACAUUUUCGAAGAUUCUUCUUCUGUAGGUAGUACACCCAGAAAAAAGUCUAAAAAGAAAAAACGAGGUGGCGGAUGUUUUCCAAGAAAGAAGAAAGGUACUUGCGACGAAGACUGUCAAUUAGCGAAUAUGUGUCAAAAAUCAAUGCAAACUUUGCCUAUAAGCACACAAGAUCAAAAUAAUCAAGUUUAUCCAGAAGGACACAAUGGAAGAAAAGCAGCUCAGACGUCCACUACUUCCGAGGCCAGUGCGCAAGCGUCGAUUCAGGCUUUGAAAGAAGACAAAUCUAAUAAUAAGCCAGAACAAGAUGCAAAAGAGACUGGUUCUUCAAAAACUAGAUUCAGUAAAAAUCAUGAGGCUGGAGACGCAAAGAAUGUUAUGUAUUGCAGUAGAUGCGGCAAAAAGAAACAAGAUUGUUCAAGUGGCUGUAGAAAUACUAUUGUCAUUCCCAUAUCCGGAAGCAAUAAAAAUGUGUCAGCUGGAGAAGCAGAAUCUCUAAGAAUGCUGAUCAAGAUGCAAAACAAGGAUAUGAAUAGUCAAUUAGAUAACAUUAAACACCAACUCAGUUACCAAAAGGAUGAAAUCAAGCGUUUGAAUGAUGUUUAUCGGAAAGUACUGAACAAUUUAAGAGAUGUGGAUAAAUCAAACAGUACUACAUUUUCUAGAAGUUCUAGAAAAAAGAAAAAAUCGUCACCUGAUAAUUAUAGGGAGGAUUAUUACCGAUCUGAUGGAGACCCUCAUAGAGGAAAAACUAGAUCAUGUGGCUGUAGAAAUAAUGAAUGCAAGACAUUCCAAAGACAUGACUCGUCAUGGUGCAUAUCUCGUAAUAAGCGUCGAGACGAAAAAUCGUCAAAUUCAAAUAGCGAAUACCGCGAUAACAGAACGUAUGGGCCUCUAAAUUCCACCAUAGGUAGUAAUGUAUUUGAAGUAUACAAGGCAGACAUCCAUCAUCAUAACCAAAGAAGACCAAGAACACCCCGUAGGGAAAUGUUCACAGAAAAACGACAAAAAGACCUACUGAACGAAUCCCAAAAAAAUCAUUACAGUUCAGACGAUAUAAAUCUGGCCCAAUCGUCUUCGCCAAAUACAUCUUCAAUUUUUGACAGAAUCGAAGAAGUACCAAUUCCGAUUCGCGAAGUACCAGUACCUAUUCUAGAAGUACCAAUCAUUAAACCACGUUCAGAAAAUCCAAAACGAAGAGAAAGGGUCGAAUUUGAUCUUGGCAAUGUAUCAAAACAGAGGAAGCCCUUAGGGUUUAAUGGUAGCAGAGUGAUGAUUUGGCUCAAGAGGUCCUGGAUAAGCAUAAGGAAUAAAAAAGAUGGGGGUAGUAAAGAAGGUCCAGAAAAGAAUCACGGAAUUGUUAGAAAAUGUCAAAAUAAAAUUAAAACAUCUGUGGCAGGAGUGUUGAAAUCAUUGAAGAAAAUCCAUCCUGCAUAAACUACACCUAGCGAACUAUACAUUUAUAUUGUUAUUGAUAAUAAAAUUUUGAUACGUCU